UUUAAAUACCGCGUGGGGGGGCCGGGGAGGCUGAGGGUUGUUGGACUCGUGAGUUUCCAAGGUGUUUGUGCGGUCCUGGGCGAGGGAACACUCAAAGACCCCUGACGAGGGCUCCCUCAGUCGUCUUUCUCCUCCGCCUGUCUCCGUGCCGGACCCGGCGCUGUCUCUACCCACACUCCCACGACACAAAAUGCCUUUCAAUGGUGAGAAGCAGUGUGUGGGCGAGGACCAGCCAAGCGAUUCCGACUCUUCCCGGUUUUCCGAGAGCAUGGCUUCUCUCAGUGACUACGAGUGCUCCAGGCAGAGCUUCACAAGUGACUCCUCCAGCAAAUCCAGCUCUCCUGCCUCAACGAGCCCUCCCAGGGUUGUGACAUUUGACGAAGUGAUGGCUGCAGCAAGGAACUUGUCAAACAUGACUCUUGCUCACGAGAUAGCUGUAAAUGAGAACUUUCAACUGAAACAGGAUGCCCUCCCUGAGAGCAGCUUGGCUGGUCGAGUGAGGCACAUUGUCCAUCAGGCCUUCUGGGAUGUCUUGGAAUCAGAACUGAAUGCAGAGCCUCCUGAGUAUGAACACGCCAUCAAACUGUUUGAAGAAAUCAGAGAGAUUCUCCUCUCUUUCCUGACUCCUGGUGGCAACAGGCUUCGCAACCAGAUUUGUGAAGUUUUAGACACAGACCUCAUUAGGCAGCAGGCUGAGCACAGUGCUGUCGACAUCCAAGGCCUGGCCAACUAUGUCAUCAGUACCAUGGGAAAGCUGUGCGCCCCGGUGCGGGAUGACGACAUCCGGGAGUUGAAGGCUACCGGCAACAUCGUGGAGGUGCUGAGACAAAUAUUUCAUGUCCUGGACCUCAUGAAAAUGGACAUGGUGAAUUUUACAAUUCGGAGUCUCAGACCACAUCUUCAGCGCCAGUUGAUAGAUUAUGAGAGAACCAAGUUCCAAGAAAUUUUAGAAGAAACUCCAAGUGCUCUUGAUCAAACCACAGAGUGGAUAAAAGAAUCUGUCCAUGAAGAGUUACUUUCUCUUUCUGAGGCUACUUUAACGCCUGGAGCCGAAAACAACUCCAAGCCAAGCCUGAGUCCUACAUUGGUGCUAAAUAAUAGUUACUUGAAACUGUUACAGUGGGAUUAUCAGAAAAAAGAAUUACCAGAGACACUCAUGACAGAUGGAGCACGUCUUCAGGAACUGACAGAAAAGCUGAAUCAACUGAAAAUGAUUGCCUGCCUGGCCCUUAUCACCAACAACAUGGUGGGUGCUCUUACAGAAGGCCUACCUGAGCUUGCAGUCAGACUAAAAAGGAUUUCAGCUGUUCUACUUGAAGGCAUGAACAAAGAGACCUUUAACUUGAAGGAAGUCCUGAAUUCUAUUGGCAUUCAGACUUGUGUUGAGGUUAACAAGACCCUAAUGGAGAGAGGUUUACCAGCUUUAAACGCUGAGGUUCAAGCUAACCUUGUAGGCCAAUUCUCAAGCAUCGAAGAAGAGGACAAUCCCAUCUGGUCUUUAAUUGAUAAACGAAUCCAGCUGUACAUGAAAAGCCUGCUUUGUCUGCCCAGCCCUCCCAGAGGCAUGCCUCCCGUGCCAGGAGGCCUUGCUGUUGUUCAGCAAGAGCUGGAGUCGCUAGGCUCGCAAUACGCAAACAUCGUGAAUCUCAACAAACAAGUGUACGGACCAUUUUAUGCAAAUAUACUCCGAAAGCUGCUGUUCGGUGAGGAAGCCACAGGGAAGGCAGAAGCUUCUUCAUCUACUAACUAAAGAGGAAAUGACAUUGGAUAAGAGACUGGAAGCCCAGCACUUAGGUACCCAGUCUGUUUCCACCAGUGGCAUUACAGAUGGGGCACAUCCUCGAUCCUGUGUGAGGCAGUGUUAGCCCGAAGUUGUGUAACCCAGUAAUGUCAGCACUGCAGAGACAUGCACAUCACAAUGCCCCUACAUGUGCACCAUUUUCGAGUCCUAAAGAGACUUUUUAACAAACAGAAAGCAAUUUGUAUUUAAUUCUAUUACGUAUGUAAUACUUGUAAAUGUUUUCUUAAGCAUUUAUAUCUGGCUUAUUCAUUCAACCCUUAAGGAGUUGUAUUUCCUCACCUGUUACUAUCAAAUCUAAUGAUUUUUUUUUAACUUUGGUACAGCUUCUUAAAGGGUUGAAAGUUGUGAUCAUAACCAAGGGGACUGACAUUCUAAAUAAAUGAUGUGAAGUAAGGAUAAUUGUA